AAUAAAUUUAAAAAAGAAAAAUGUAAGUUUUAAAUUAAAAAUAAAUAUGUUAUAGUUUGAAUUCAAUUAAAACUUGUUUUAAAACUUUUAAUUGAAUUCAAACUAUAACAUAUUAUCAAUUAAAACUUUUAAUUCAAAUCAAACUAUAACAUAUUUCCGCAGGUCCAAAGUAAUUACCACCAAGCAACAAUAUGCACUAAUGGUUGAGCUGUUACAGCAAAAGCCUGAAAUGGCGCAGGGUUUUACAAAGUGCCCUAAAGAGGAAGUGGCAGCUUUUUGGAACAACAUGGCCCAAGAACUAAAUAGUGUUGGUCCGCCUAUCAAGGAUAUUUCCAGCUGGAAGAAGGUAUGGCUUGACUGGAAGGCGUAUAUAAAAAGGAAACUUGUUGAAAAUAAAAAGGAGCAGUCAGCUACUGGUGGCGGCAGAUAUAGGCAGCACCAUUUCAACGAAUUGGAGGAAGCGGUGAUAGCAUUAACGGCAUUGCAAACAAGUGCAAGUGGCAUUGACAAUACAGUUAGCAUCGGCUUACUAAUUGUAGCCGACGUGGGCAACGAGACGUUAGCUGACGUAUCAAUGCCAUCAGUGACCUGCAGUCCAGCACUGCCUAAACGUACUACUAGGCCACCGGAAACCUGUACAGCCGAUGUAAUUAAAGAACAAUUUCAAAUUCAAAAAGAUUUUCAGGAAAAGGUCAUCGAAAAGUUGGAUGAUCUUUCAGUACGUAUGCGACGAGUGGGCAGAGCAUUGGAAGUGCAAAAUGAUUUAAAAAAUGCGGAAGUGGAAGAAAUUAGAAGGCACAACAUAGCUAUGGAGAAUUUGAUAGCUGCUAAGAAUUCGAUUAAGCAGCGAAUGUUAGAAAUAGAAGAAAAAAAAUUGCAAGCAAUAUUAUACUCUGCUGAUUUCGAAAUGUCAAAAUUCAAAUUUAAGUCUGGCAACAAAAGUUUCGAACUCACAUGA